AAAGGAAAAAAAAUACCAGAGAUGCUGUCGUCGCUUGGGAAAACAAACGGCCAUCCAGACAAUUAGAGAGGAGAGCAGCGAUCGGUGGGCAGGUAAAGAGGAGGCUCGCGGACGGCGCCGCAGCGCUCGGUGAGCCAUCGGUGUGGAUGAGGGAGACAGACGGCAUGUUUUUGAAUAGUUGGGUAGGUGAAUACCGUUUGUCGUGUGGUCGGGUGCCAUAGCAACGGAUCGUGAGAACUGCUGUAGCCCGCAGCUCAGGUCAGUUUGACGUGCUCAGCGUUGGAUGACAGCUCCGUUCAUUGCAACUCUCCUGCAACAAAUUGCCUCCCCCCGCGUGUCUGGCCGCCGUCUGGAGCGUCCAUGAGCUUAAAGGUGUCAUAGCGGAGCGAAGCCACCGACUGAGCGGCUCAGCCAAGUCGCCAUGGAUGCGCCGGCGAGGCACGAGGACUGUUUAGAAAUGUAGAUUUGAUGUCAUGCGCGCGCGACCUUUUCAGGGUUUAAAGGGUUUCAGUGAAGUGUUUGGGCUUGCUUUUUUUUUUCUUUUUGAACCCGGGUGCCCUGGUGUGACUGGCGAGUCUCCCGGCUGCAUCAGCAGCGCCUGUUGAUCUCCAUGCGCGGCCAAUGCCAGGAUAUUCAUUUUCCCUUGGAUGUGUUGUCUCCGCCCCUAAAGUCUCUUAUGUCCACUGCUGUCAUCCAUCUAAGCAGAAGGCAUCUGGUGAGAUAAUGAAUGCUGAUGACUGCAAUGGACGCUCAUAUGCAAAAGGUAAUGGGGGAGACUCAUCAGCUGAGCAGGACUUAUAUGGCAGCUUGCAGGGCCCUUCCACGAAAUCCCCCAGCAGUCGGCAGUCCUCACCGCGCCGCUCCCUCAGUGCAAACUCCAUCAAGGUUGAGAUGUGCAGUGAUGAGGAAUCAUCAGGUGCUCCCCAGCCGGAGAUCAAAGAAGCCGUGAGGGUUGACGGCAGGAAGGAUGACCGACGGGACCCCACGGAAGAGGGGGCUUCUGAGUUUGCUGGUGUGAGAAGAAACAGAGCAAGCAUUUACAAUGACCUGGCCAGUCCCAACUCCACCUCACCAGGGCCUAUUCGGCUGCCUAACGGCAAACUUCAGUGUGAAGUGUGUGGCAUGAUCUGCAUUGGACCCAAUGUGCUGAUGGUUCACAAGCGCAGCCACACAGGGGAGCGUCCGUUCCAGUGUAACCAGUGUGGAGCCUCUUUCACUCAAAAGGGGAACUUGUUACGCCAUAUCAAGUUGCAUUCGGGAGAGAAGCCCUUCAAAUGUCCCAUUUGCAAUUACGCGUGUCGUCGGAGAGAUGCUCUGGCUGGACAUCUGCGCACGCAUGCAGUCUCUUCUCCGACGGUGGGAAAACCUUUCAAAUGCAGCUACUGCAGUCGCAGCUACAAGCAGCAGAGCACAUUGGAAGAGCAUCUGGAGCGCUGCCAUAGCUAUCUUAAGACUCUGGACCCCCAGACAGCAGUCAACAACCAGACAUCACAAGAGUCAGUUAAUAUGGAGACAGUCUCUAAACCAGUACUGCAGCCGUCAAGUGAGAAGAUCCACUUUGUGGAUAGACUGUCUGUUAGCAUAACCAAACGCAAGAGGUCAACACCACAGAAGUUUUUGGGUGAAAAGCACAUGCACCUUGAUCCACCGGAAGCACCUUACGAACUGUCCUCUGGCUCUGAGAAGGAGGGGGACCUCAUGAGUUCGCAUUCUGCUGGAGACUCAGCUGGACUGGCGGGGUCACACCCCCACUACAUGAGUGGUAAAGGUGAGAACAAUGAGUCAGCUGCUUUGUCGCAGCUCCAUGCCGGCAUUGUGGCAGAGCUCCGCACAGUCGUGGGCUCUAUCAACAGCAACCUGACUCCUCACGGCCCUCGGAUGCACAGUGGAGGUGCUCUGGCCGCGAUGUCUCUUGCCCUGCCCGGGCGGGAGACAGGUGAUGACCAGCCCUCUGCACACAGCCAUACGACCUCGCCCAACGGUUGUCCGGACUCCACAGACACAGAGAGCACAGCAGAGGAGCACAGCACAAGGGCUACAGCUCCUACAAGUACCUCCAACCACCACCACCUCCACUACCAAGCCCCAAUUCUGCCCCACUGCCAUCCAACCUCCAGCCCCAACCAGGCCAAAGACUUGGAUACAUUAUGGGAGAAAGGGGGUUCUGUGCCUCCCUCCGUGGUAAAGAGGAGCCCCGUCUCCCCCUUUUCUCCCAGGGACUCUUUACAGGUGUUAGACAAAGGUGGCAGGUCAGUUCGCUCCUUCUACUGUCGGCACUGUCGCAUCCUUUUUCUGGACCAUGUCAUGUUCACCAUCCACAUGGGCUGCCACGGCUUCCGACAGCCGUUUGAGUGCAACAUCUGCGGCCACUCCAGCCAGGACCGCUACGAGUUCUCAUCUCACAUCAGCCGUGGAGAACACCAGGUGGGCUGAGGACACUGGAUCAUUUGCAUGCGGACACCUGUUGCUCUCCUAAGUUUUGGGCUCACGUUUGUUCUGCACCAGAUCGGUUCCUUUAAAUCCUGUGUAUAGGUAAAUGGAUUUUUAAUUUUUAAUGUCAGAGAUAUAUACAGAAAUCGAAUUUAAUGCACCGCUUUAGUUCAGUGGAGGCAAAUGACAUUUGACCAUUGAUUGCACUCCCAAACGAAAUGGCAAAACUCUUGGGUUUUGCGAUAAAAGUGCCUUUUUUGCGGAUUUCUUUUCACAAAAACUAAAAAAAAAAAAGGAUACAAAAAAGAUAGAAAAAGGGUGCUUACAAAUCUCAACUAGCCAUCUUUUUCCUAAUCAGUUUUAAAGUAGUUAGCUGCUUUAAAGAUCAUGUUCACAUGCAGUUGUGGGAUGAAAAAAAGUUUGGUUUGCUUUUGUUGCUAAAGAGGUUUUUUUUUUGUCUCGUCUGUCUAGUGUGUCAGGUAAGCUUUAUAUGCACUGGGAGCUUUGUGCCUCGGGGUGGGAGAGAGACUUUGGUCUUAGACGAAGCACAGAAAUGGGUUGCCUUAACUCCUACCGUAUGUAGGAAUACAUACUGUUUACAGCGUGGUUUAACUGUGUUUGAUAUCAACUUUAAAGAAGAGUGAGCAGACAAAUCAUGCAGAACAUGAGGGUAUCAGGGGCUCCAAUCUAAAGUUCCUUGUUUUGGAUUUUUAAAGUGAGUCUAAGAAUACUGGUGCAGAGCAGACCAUGAGUCAAGUCGUGCGUACGAUCUCCGACUGAAUCAGCCAGGGGUGCUAUACCUCUGUGUUUUCGGGCCCCCUGCUUAUAAUCUUCUUUUGCUGAGGUACUUAAUGGCUUUAUGAAAUCAUUUUUUUGUGGUUGUUCUACUGCACUGAUCAACGACAUCAAUCACAAUAACAAACAGAUUUGCAACAGCAGGACAUUUUAUUGACAAAGCCGGCCUUCUGUCAUUCCUCACGGCGCCACGCUGUGUGGUUUUUCUGCACUGGAGUCUGCUGCAACGUGCGAUCGAGAUCCACGUCGGUUUGACUUCAAACUGUUCUUUUGUCGUUUUGCAAGUUUUGAACAAUUUUCACAACGUAAGUGUGUUUUAAGAGGUUAUUUAAAAGCCAACUGACAAGAAAUCAGUUUGGAGUUGUUCAUUUAUCACCUGUGAUUAUCUAUUUGGUGUUGUUUGUUUCAGCCUUGGUGUGAGCUUUAUUCCAAAUCUUAUCCAGCAUAUUCCUCAAGUCCAAGAAAUGUUACCUCCUGCUUCUUUAUAGCACCCAAAUACCUUAUUGCUACAGUUUGGUGAGUUUUUUGAUAAUGUUGAUAUUAGGAUUAUGAAUGAGACCAAACUCAGUAUUCUUACUUGUUAUUAUUGUGGGUUUGCUGCUUAAUAGUUCACCUUGAAUUCCUUUAAUAGCAAGCAAAAUGUACUUGAAACAGUAAAAAAAAAAAAAAAAAAAACUAAGAAUGCACUUGGGUUCUGUAAGUGGAGAAAUGUGUGUGUGUGUGUGGGUGGAUGUGUGCACAGGUGUGUGUGUGCGUGUGUGUGAGUGUGGAUGGAAAACUCGGCGUGUGCUCGUCAUCUUCUGCUUCUACCUGACUUGUGAAUUAUUUUUGAAACGUGGAGUAAUUCUAAGAAACGAAAAACGAGGCAUGGGUUUCUGUCUCCUUUUGUGGAAUCAAUGUUCUGAAAUAUUUUGUUAAUGGUGUGACAUGAAGAAACACUUUACCUCAAAGUUCAAGAUGUACAACUGCCUCAUUUGUUCAAAAAGUCACGUUGCUUUCUGAGAUGCUUUUGCAGUUUCAAAUGCGUGCCCCUUGAUAUUUUCAAAACUUUUUACUGUCAAUAAAGUUACAUUUAUUGUAAA